AUGAUCGGUGAAAUCAAAAUAGGCCCGAUCGAUGAUAGUAGAAAAGAUUAUCUGGAAGAAUAUUAUGCCGAAAAAUCACGUGAUAUUACUUUCUACGACAUACCAGCAUACUGGAGUGAUGAAGAAAUUUUUAAUUCGAUUAAUACAACCGUAGGUCUGAUUGAAUGUAUGAGAACCAAAAUGUGUCACAAAUACAAGACGGUCAAAGCAACACUGCGCCUCACCAAAAAAUAUGAAGAAAUAUACAAAAAGGGCGGUGUGAACGUCAUUUUAAAUAGGAAAAACCGUACAUAUUAUGUUAGAAUGUUUGACUCAAGAUGGUCAUAUGCUGAAAUCAAAAAUACUUUUCAUUGGCAGGUGUGUAAACGCUUAGAAGAGGAUAAUCAACAGGAUGAUUGUGCGGUAAUUAGAUAUUUUGCAAAAACUUAUGGAGCUACCUUUGGAAAAAUUAUUAGAGUUAGCGGUACACGUCACAUUAUUUUAUACUUUAGUACAGAGGACAAAUUGAUGAAAGUGGUAACGGAUUCGAUAAAGAUAUACAAAGUAGGACUAGAAUUAUUGAUCAAAAAAGAAAAUGAUUUUAUAGACGAUACAGGUGAGCUAAAAGAGUUCAAUAAAACAGCGAAAUGGAGAAACACAACAACCUCAAGAUCACAUGGUCUUCGGAUGGAGCGAGAACAAUAUGAAGGAAUGCCUGAAUGUUUUGCUUCGUCAAGUAGAAGACAUUAA